GGUGGGCGGAGGGAGGUUGUGGGGAGAUCGCAGCACCCAGCGCCAAGCGCAGCGCGCAGCACCAGACAGACGGCAGGAGCUCCCACCGACGGGCGCAGCUGGAGUGAGCCGAGCAGGGAGGCGUGCUCUAAGCAGAGAACCGAACCGCGCGGCAUCCCCCGGCCGCCGCACGCACAGGCCGGCUCCCUUCUCGCGUCCCUGCUCCCCCACCGCGCCCCUCCGGCCAGCAUGAGGCUCCUGGCGGCCGCGCUGCUCCUGCUGCUCCUGGCGCUGUGCGCCUCGCGCGUGGACGGGUCCAAGUGUAAGUGUUCCCGGAAGGGGCCCAAGAUCCGCUACAGCGACGUGAAGAAGCUGGAAAUGAAGCCAAAGUACCCGCACUGCGAGGAGAAGAUGGUUAUCAUCACCACCAAGAGUAUGUCCCGGUACCGGGGCCAGGAGCACUGUCUGCACCCUAAGCUGCAGAGCACCAAACGCUUCAUCAAAUGGUACAAUGCCUGGAAUGAGAAGCGCAGAGUCUACGAAGAAUAGGAGGACUGAUCUCAGGAAGAAAAACUCCAGGCCAGUUGAGAGACUUCAGCAGAGGACUUCGCAGAUUAAAAUAAAAGCCCUUUCUUUCUCACAAGCAUACGACAAAUUAUAUAUUGCUAUGAAGCUCUUCUUACCAGGGUCAGUUUUUACAUUUUAUAGCUGUGUGUGAAAGGCUUCCAGAUGUGAGACCCAGCUCUCCUGCACUCCAGACUUCAUUUCCAGUGGCUUUUUGCCGAAAGGGGGAUGGGGGUGGGACAACUCAAGCCUUUCCUUUUUAAAAUAAGGGGUUUUGUAUUUGUCCAUAUGUCACUACACAUCUGAGCUUUAUAAGCGUCUGGAAGGAACAAUGAGCUUGGUUGAGGCAUUUCAUUGCACCAUUGCUCUGGUCCAGGCUUGCGAAGCUUCCGCUCAGAGGUCCUGGCGCCUCGGCACAGCUGCCAUGGGCUCUCCUGGACUUGUGACUGGUCAGGGUUUCAGUGGGACUCCACAGUGGCCCCUGUUGCAGGGCAAUUGGGAGCAGGUCCUUCAACAUCUGUACCUCGAGAAACUCAGUCUAGUUACCAGGAUAAGCUUCUUCCCCGCCCCCAGCCCAGUUCACAGCCAGGCAAGCGAUUGAUCCUUAGAGGAGCUGGGUCUUCCUUCCAACCUGAGGGUUUCUGAAAAGUCUGCUGCUUUGGUAGAUGAUGCUUCCAAAGCCUGAGAAGUUCCAAGCACUGUGGAAAAUAACCUAAGGAGGGAAGAUUCAGGAAUAAAUGCACAACACACAGCGGGAGCGACACAUCCUAUAGGCAAGGGGAAACUUUCAAAGCUUUGUUUCUUUCCCUCACCCCAACAGAAAGCACACUCCCCCUCUAGGCAGAUGCAAACAGCACAGUCCUCUUUGGGGGUUCGGAUGAUCCUGAACCCACUCCUGUGUACAUACCACCCUCGGGGUGCCCUACCGCAUCCUACGGCUGUUUCUCUGCUCUGUACAUGCUGAGAGCCGCGAGCUGCAUG